GCGCAAGGAAAUCAUUUGCUUCAUAAUAAUAAAUGGAGUAACAGGGCUACACCGUACGCUACGAAAGGCUACUUUGUGACGCUGGUGUAAAGACGAUAAUCCGAUGAACACUACGGAAGCCCAUAGAAAUGGCACGACAGCAUGUCAUCCAAAUUCUCCUCCAAAUGUAGGUGUGACCGUGUUGAGCCUCUCUACUCUACUUGGACUGCUGCUCAUGGUUGUAUUUAUCCUGGUGGUGUACAUAUGGAAAGUAAGAGUAGCUACGCCAAAACUUGGACGACUCAAUCUUAGGAUGGUUAAUGCACAACCUCCAAGUGAAAUUAAGGACAUGGGGCAGACUGUGGGUACGCAAGUCAAUCUCGGCGACUUUUUGAGCCAUAACAUUGCUGCCAUACCAGAUGAUGAAGACAUAACAAUGCGGGACAAACCUAACAUAGCAUCGGACCAAGCCAUUUACCACUCCCUCCUGGAAGGAUAUGACACCGACAGAGUUUCACAUCCCUAUGAAGAUGUUGAAUGUACAAAGACAACACUGAGGCCGCUUACACCGGCCACCGCAAACACUUGCUGUGAGAAUUCUACUGGCCUGAAUGCUCACCGAAAGCAGGUUCCAUGGACUAAGAGGGGAGAAGGAUCUGAGAUGCAUGGCACAGAACAAGGCGCCGAUUCCAUUCCGAUCAGUGCUGUAGACCCCAUCCUUUCCUCGGAGGCACCUGUCAAACUAGGGAAUAUACCAGAACAAGACCCUGAAUGUUAUUACUCACUAAUCACCCGUUUAUGAAAUAGGCGAAAUGCCGGGUUUGUGUGACAGUCGUCUUCCUUCACAAGAGAAAACAUCAAGCGUGCAUCCGCGUGGAACUCUUGAACAAGACAGUGUUGCAAGUUUUCGAAUUGUUCGUCGAAAUAUUGUCACGGUUCUUGAUGUCGGAUAUGAUAAAGUGUGUAGCUGUAAAUCAUGAUGACAAAUAUAUGACACGAGAUGUCACAACAUUGUCUGAUUCUUUUAGGGGGAUUAGGCUCGGACAAAUUGAUUCACCACUUCAAACACCACUUUGCCUACUAAAUCACAUUUUAUGAUGUAUCAGUCAUUCAGUUGUUAGUUUCACAAUGGACAACAGAGUGGAGCGUAGUCCCCCUUUUUGCUUCUUCAAACGCCUUUCGUAAAAUAUAUGCCCGGUGAAAUCCGACGAAGACGCUGUAAAAUCUACACAUGCAUUUAAACAAGUGACCUUUUCAACCACGGACGUCAACUCUGCCUAGCCACUCGACCAAUAUCGGGUGAAAGUGUUGUAUGUGUUGACAUUUCUGUAUUUUCUACUUUGUGCUUUAUUGCAUUGCUUCCUGGAUAUUUCAAUGUUUGAUUUCUUCCCGAUCAAUACAUAUGAUUCAUAAUCCCAUUAAUUCAAAGGGACGUGCUAUCAUCAAGUAUGCUUGUGGAUGGACCCGUGUUUAUCAUCCGGCAUCGAUUCAAAUUACGGAAAAGAGUCAUAUGAUCAUGCCAAAAGACUUUUAUCCUGCAAAAGUCAUGCAGAACAUUAAUGUUUACGUGGUUAAAUAAUUUCAAAGAGUGAAGGUAAAUGUGCAUGUAUAUCUGACAAGUAAAUACCGGCUGAUUUAUACAUGUACCUGUAAGUUGAUAGAACGUUGCGUUACAGUUUGGAAGAUGCAUGCCUGGACAACUCAUCUACUGGAUGUUCCUUUUAUGCUUACAUCCGUGGCUUACAUACGUUAGGCUGUUUUGUAUAAUGUGAAUGUGAAUGUAUCAUAUUAAGAAAAUGGACUUACUAAAGAUAGUUAUCGAGUCUCACUAAACGGCUUGAAUACCUCAAGCAACACAUGGUCUAUUUACAUUGCAAUGUAAUUCUCUUUUUUGCACAUGUCAUCACAACGUCUUCAUAAGUCUAGCGAAACAAACAGUUCAUGGGUUAUAUAAACAUUGUAUCGUGCCUUGUGUUUUUGUUACUCAAAACCUACACUCAAGCCGUAGGUGAAGUGGUCGCUCGACGGCUGCCUUGUAUCGGAAGCUUUAGGGGUAGGUACAGUGGAACCGAUAGUAAUCAGUGUUAUCAGUAAACUCGC